GACAGCGGCAGUCAGAUCCCCGACAUGGGAUGCGAGGGCUCGGAUGCGAUAGUCUUCCAUAUUUGAGGACUAGGAUGGGAUGAGAGGACCCCCGCCGGGCGAAGACGCGCAUGGCCCCGCCCACUUAACCACAUGAAGAUGUGACGAGCUGGAGGAGAAAAUACAUCAACAUCCUUUUUUUUUUUUUUUUUUUCUCCCUCCUUUUGGCAGCAGCCGAUGUUGUCGCCUUCGUGUCUGCGUGCCGGAGCUCCAUCUUGGACAGCGUGGCUGCGCGGCUGCAGACGUCAGCCGCGAGGACAACAAAGAGCUCCUUUUUGCCUCCGGACUUCGUCAUGAGCGAGCCUACGCCGGAAACAUGACAUCUUGUCUUUUGUCCAGGCUGCUGGAGCCCACCCCGGCGGAGAGGGGGCGGGCACACCUGGCUGGGAUCACCUGUCAGUCACAGCAAGUCCAUAUUCUUCUGCUUAUCCCAGGUCGGGCCGCGGGGGCAGCAGCCUAAGCAGAGAAGCACAGACUUCCCUAUACCCGGCCACUUGGUCCAGUUUCCAUGCAAAAUGACAUCAAGUCAUCUUUAUGUCAAUAAAUGCACUUUUUUUGCUCCUGGCAAGCAGCAAUGUACAGCCGGGGCCGCCAUUGUUGCUACACCUUUGUUGUGAAGGUCAAGUUUAUUGAUGGUCAGCUGAUUAGUGGCGCCAGGUAAAAAAUAAUAGUUUGCUCGCUCACGGGAAAGAACUUCCUUCUUUGUGGGCACAAUCCCCCCCUCUAGCCGCCCUUAGCUGGAUUUACAAGCUACCAGCGAAACAAAACACAGGCUUCGCUACACAUCUUAAAGAUGGUCUGUUUACUACAAGUAUUUUUAAACCUUCUGUUGGGGGACCUGUGAUAAGUACUUAGUCCAGUAUGGCACCUUUAGACAGCUGCUGACAGUUUUUGAGCGCCAGUCCAGGUCCUGAGCUGACAGUUUUUGCGUGCCAGUCCGGGUCCUCAGCUGAUCAGUUUUUGAGCACCAAUCCGGGUCCUCAGCUGACCAGUUUUUGAGUGCCAGUCAAGGUCUUCAGCUGACCAGUUUUUGAGUGCCAGUCAAGGUCUUCAGCUGACCAGAUUUUGAGUACCAGUCCAGGUGCUGAGCUGACAGUUUUUGAGCGCCAGUCCAGGUCCUCAGCUGACAGUUCUGAGCGCCAGUCCGGGUCCUGAGCGGACAGUUUUUGAGCACCAGUCCAGGUCCUCAACUGACAGUUCUGAGCGUCAGUCCGGGUCCUGAGCGGACAGUUUUUGAGCACCAGUCCAGGUCCUCAGCUGACAGUUCUGAGCGCCAGUCCGGGUCCUGAGCGGACAGUUUUUGAGCACCAGUCCGGGUCCUCAGCUGACAGUUUUGAGCGCCAGUCCGGGUCCUCAGCUGACAGUUCUGAGCGCCAGUCCGGGUCCUGAGCGGACCGUUUUUGAGCACCAGUCCGGGUCCUCAGCUGACAGUUCUGAGCGCCAGUCCGGGUUCUGAGCGGACAGUUUUUGAGCGCCAGUCAGGGUCCUCAGCUGACAGUUUUUGAGCACCAGUCCAAGUUCUCAGCGGACAGUUUUUGAGCACCAGUCCGGGUCCUCAGCUGACAGUUUUGAGCGCCAGUCAGGGUCCUCAGCUGACAGUUUUUGAGCACCACUCCAAGUCCUCAGCUGACAGUUUUUGAGCACCAGUCCGGGUUCUCAGCUGACAGUUUUGAGCGCCAGUCAGGGUCCUCAACUAACAGUUUUUGACCACCAGUCAGGGUCAUCAGCUGACUAGUUUUUGAGCACCAAUCCGGGUCCUCAGCUGACCAGUUUUUUAGAGCCAGUCAACGUCCUCAGCUGACCAAUUUUUGAGCACCAGUCCAGGUGCUGAGCUGACAGUUUUUGAGCACCAGUCAGGGUCCUCAGCUGACAGUUUUUGAGCACCAGUCCAAGUCCUCAGCUGACCAGUUUUUGAGCGCCAGUCCGGGUGCUGAUCAGACAGUUUUUGAGCGGCAGUCCGAGUCCUGAGCCGACAGUUUUUGGGUGAUGGAAAAAAGACAAUCGAAAGCGAAACAUCUCCCCGGUUCUUCACGAUGAACUGACGGCGCCAAGAAUGCCGACAUCUCGGGCCCCCGGCCCGGCCCCGAACGUAACCGACCCUUCCUGGGACUCGCAGUUGGACUUGGUCGGCCAGAGUCCGACGUGGACCAACAGCGUCCUGAAGAUGGCGCUCAUCUCCCUCAUCGUGUGCGUCUCCUUGUUCGGGAACGUGGUGGUCCUGCUGGUGUUCCAGCGCAAGCCCCAGCUGCUGCACGUGGCCAACCGCUUCGUCCUCAACCUUCUGCUGGCCGACCUCCUCCAGACCGUGUUGGUCAUGCCCUUCGCCAUCGCAGCCACCGUGCCCGGGGUGUGGCCCCUGGACGCCCGGCUGUGCCAAGCCUUGGUGGUGCUCAUGCAUCUCUUUGCGUUUGCCGGCGUCAACACCAUCAUGGUGGUUUCUGUGGACCGCUACCUGGCCAUCAUCCACCCUCUGUCCUACCCCACCCGCAUGACCCCUCACCUGGGCACCAACCUGAUCGCCUGCACCUGGCUGCUCAGCUUGCUGCAGAGCACGCCCCCGCUGUACGGCUGGGGCGCCAUCGACUUCAACCGGCACCACCAGAUGUGCUCGGUGGUGUGGUCCUACAGCUUGUCCUACUCCGUGGUGGUGGCCACCUUCUCCUUUUGGCUGCCGGUUCUGGUCAUGCUGGGCUGCUACUGGAUGGUGUUCCGAGCCGCCCGGCGGCAGAACGCGUUGGUCCACCCCAUACGGACGCGGUCCUACUCCCAGCCGUGCCCGCAGGACUUCCAGGGACCCCAACCGCAGCAGGCCAGCUCUCCGGACAAGCCCUACUCGGCCGCUCGGGUGAGGCACCGCCGCUUCCGCUACCACUGCAAGGCGGCACGCGUGGUCUUCGUGAUCAUGGCCUCCUACAUCCUCAGCAUGGGGCCCUACAGCGUCCUGAACACCAUCUCCAUGAGCGCCAGAGCCGACGUGCCCCCGUGGUUGUCCUCCCUGGCCCUGGUGCUCUUCUUCCUGCAGUGCUGCCUGCACCCCUACAUCUACGGGUACAUGCACCGCAGCGUGAGGAAGGAGUUCCUGGCCUUCCUCUGCGGGAUGCUCUGCCAGCAGGGGCGCCCCGGCCAGAGCUCGGCCGCCGAGACUUGCCUCACCGUCGCGGGCGGGGAAGGCCGCCGCUCCGGGGCGCCGGCCCACCUGCCCGGCCUGGCCGCCAGGGUCUUCCCGCUGCAGACCUGGGAGGAGUGCACCACCUCCUCGUCCCCCACGUUCGAGAGGAGGUCCAGGGACAGUCGCAAGGACACCACCUCCACCAGCGUCAGCUCCGACAGGGAGCUCACGGUCCACGGGAAGCUGAGUACGUAGAACUCCUUGGAACAUUUAUGGUGUUGCUCGAAAGUACCUUUAAAAGUCCCAGGGAUGGGCUUGGGAACCUUUACCUUGGAGUCCCUAAUGUUGUUCAGGAGUCUAGACCUGCGUUUCUUCACCGAUGUUGUUGUAAUACCCGUGUUCACCACUUGUGGAACUCAUGACAAUCUCAACAAGCAAAAAGAAACGCUUAAGAUGUCUUUUAAGCGUAGAAAUGACGACCAAAGUGGGGAAUCUGUUUAUUUCACAAACAUAUUGGCAGAUCAAGACUAAGAUGACUCAUUUAGUGUUCAAGUUUGAGGGGAAAAAGUUGAAAAAGGUAAGGAACCCCCGGUCUAGACUGUACUCCUACGUCUAAAAGUGUGGACUCUGCGGGUGCGGUCCUUUGAUCGCAGUCAUGGGACUGACCCAGUGAACCAUAGUGCGGUUCUACAAGGACCGGACACGGAGGUUCUGUCUUCAAAGUGUUUUUAGAGGCCGCUGGUGCCAUCUAAGGUCCAGAAUGUACAAAACCUGUUCCAAGAUCUGCCUGGUCAAGUCCUUAGAUCGUUUUUAUCACGCAACUUUUGGUCCCAGGACCAAACAGCCAAGCGAACCGCACCAAAGUAUGUUUACUUUUUGUACUUUACAGCAGUUCCUCAACUGUCAGCCUGGGGCGGAGCUCUUAACUCAAAACACUUGUAUCUCAAAUCAAUGUCUCUCCAUGAAAUGGAUUGAAAUCAAUUUAAUUGGUGCUCCCCCCCCCAAAAAAAACACAAAACCUUUUUAGAAGAAAUAGUUAAUUUUUAUUUAUUUGGGGUGGCAUAGCUCGGUUGGUAGAGCGGCCCUGCCAGCAACUUGAGGGUUCCAGGUUCGAUCCCCGCUUCCGCCAUCCUAGUCCCUGCCGUUGUGUCCUCGGGCAAGACACUUUAGUCACCUGUUCCCAGUGCCAUUAAAUGGAACUUAGAUAUUGGCUUUCUCUACGUAAAAGCGCUUUGAGUCACUAGAGAAAAACGCUAUAUAAAUAUAAUUGACUUCACUUGACAUUUAAGAACUGACGUGCAACAUUGACCUUGGACAGAGGACUUGUAAGGCAUCUCCUUCAAGCACAACAUUUAGCAGCUUCUUCAUAUUUUCAUGGAUAAAUGUCCGCCCUGAAGUUAUUAUUUCAACGUACUUGGCUGUCUUUAAUUGGCUCAGACUAAUCCACUUCUUCCGGUCUUUUCCAUCUCGACCUUUCAAUGGUUGCUAAAACCAGGUGGUGUCCAUCUUAAGCUGUAAGACCAUGUUAGCAAGUAAGACCAAAUAUUUCUGCUGCUACACAACUUUUUGUGUUUGCAACUCAAAGCAAAACUCUCCAGUCCCUUAACUCUCAAGUUGAGCUGCUGCUGUAUUGUAUUGUGUUGCCUUUACAAUACGUCCACAUAAGUGGUGUUGGACUCUUUAAGGAGGUCUAGGAUCCUAGUCACCAGCCUAGACUUUGUGUGUCCAUAGUGUGCGACUGUGUGUACACUUUGUGUGUCCAUAGUGUGAGUGUGUUUAGACUACAGUCGGUUGGGUGAGCAACUGAAUAAUUCCCUUAAUUGUUUAGUCAGAUGAGUUGUGAAAUAAGUUGGGUUCUAUUCUUGUUGCCUCUCAACUCUCUCUCUUAUUUUGUCUUCUUUUCAAAGCCUGAUGUGACUUUGGGCCCCCGACCCUCAGUUUCAACAACCCUGCUUUGCCACUCUUCAACAUUUAAAGCAUCUCUCUGUCAGCUUUCCCCUCAAAACAGCAGAUUGUAGCUCAUAAACACAAAAGCAGUGAAGUUGUCACCUUGUGUAAAUGCUAAAAAAAACCAAAUGAUUUUCAACUUAUAUUCAAUUGAAUAGACUGCAAAGACAAUAUAUUUUCAUCUUCACGCUGACAAACUUUGGUAUGUUUUGCAAAUAAUCAUGAAGUUAGAAUGUAAUGGCAGCAACACAUGUCAAAAAAGGCAUUUUUACCAGUGUGUUACAUGGCCUUUCCUUUGAACAACACUCAGUGCAGGUUUGGGAACUGAGGAGACACAUUUUUGAAGUGGAAUUCUUUCCCAUUCUUGCUUGAUGUACAGCUUAAGUUGUUCAACAGUCUCUUGCCUCAUAUUUUAGCCUGCACAUAUGUUCAAUGUCUGGACUACAGGCAGGCCAGUCUAGUACCAGCACUCUUUUACUAUGAAGCCACGCUGUUGUAACACCUGGCUUGGCAUUGUCUUGCUGAAAUAAGCAAGACAAUGCCAAAAUAAGCUCCAUCAGGUUGGAUGGGAAGUGUUGCUUUUCAUCCAGGAUGUCUCUGUACAUUGCUGCAUUCAUCUUAGUCUAGUCAGGGGGUGACCAAGACCAAGGUCACUCUGUCAGAACUACAGCAUUCCUCUGUGGAGAGAGGAGAACCUUCCAGAAGGACAAUCCACCAAUCAGGCCUGGAGUCAAAAGUUUGCCAAAAUGCACCUGAAAGACUUUCAGUCCGUGAGAAACUAAAUCCUCUGGCCUGAUGAGACAAAGAUUGAAGUCUUUGGCGUGAAUGUUUGGAAGAAAGCAGGACCAGGACAAUACCAUCCCUACAGUGAAACAUGGUGGUGGCAGCAUCAUGAUGUGGGGAUGCUUUUUAGCUGCAGGAACUAGUCAGGAUAGAUGGAAAGAUGAAUGCAGCAAUGUACAGAUACUUCCUGGACAAAAACCAACACUUCUCAUCCAAACUGGUGGAGCUUGAGUGGUGCUGCAAAGAGGAAUGAGAGAAAGUGCCCAAAGAAAGAUGUGCCAAGUUUGUGGCACCGUAUUGAAAAAGACCUGAGGCUGGAACUGCUGUCAACUAAGUACUUAGCAAAGGAUGUCAAUACUAAAGUACAUGUGAUUAAGUAUUUACAUUUUUGAUGCAUUUGCAAAAUAAAAAAAAAUAAAAUUCACAUUGUCAUAAUGCGGUAUUGAUUGUAGAAUUUUGAGGACAAAAAUGAAUGUCUUCUAUUUUGGAAUAAGGCUGUAAAAUCAAAUGUAAAAACUGUGCGGAUGCACUUAGUCCAAGAUCACUACUGAUUUUGAGUAAUUUCCUGUUGUCAAAGCUUUGCUAUUUUAGGGAAGAAAAAACCUGUUCGGCCGUGAUAAGACAAAUGUGCUGAUCUCUACUUUAUUCUUCUAGACUAUUCCAUUGGAAAGUGUUGCCAAACUUUUUGUUAAAAGUUGACUUUAAUGUAUUUUGUAUUUGUAUAUCAUUUCUUGUGCACCACCAAAAAAAUGUGUUGAAGAAAAGUGAGUGAUGUUGAUGGUUAAUUGUUGCCUGUACUUUUAUACAUAAAAGAUGCAGAUUGUA